AUGCGCACAUGUCUGGGGAAAGCAGCUGAACGCUGGUUAGAGAAACCACAGUUGCUCACACAUUGCCGACGCUGUUGUCCAAGUUAUUUCUUUCUUCCUUUGAGUUUACUUUACAUUUAUCUAUUCUUUCUUUCUUUCUUUCUUUCUUUCUUUCUUUCUUCGUUUAUUCGAUUCCUUUCCUUUUGUUUAUUCUUUUUCUUUCUUUCUUUCCGUAAUCAUCUCUCUCUCUCUCUCUCUCUCUCUCUCUCUCUCUCUCACUCUCUCUCUCCUCUUGUCACCUUUUAUUAUUACCCUACAAAUUUUCAUCUACAGCUUUCUUUAUUUCUUUCUUUCUUUCUUUCUUUACAUAUCCGCUUCAAUAUAUCUCACUUUUUCACAUUCCUACUUCCUUUCCUUCUUUCUUUCCUUCUCUCUCUAUUUCUUUCUUUCUAUCCGCUUCAAUAUAAUUCGUGUUCUUUCUUUCUUUCUUUCUUUCUUUCGUUUCAAUCACUUUCACGUGAUUCACUUCGGCUUCACAUGUCUGUUUUUUUCUCUUUCCUCUUUGCUUUUCAUUCUCUUAUUCUUUAUACCAUACAACAUUAUGAUCUUAUUUUUUUCUCUUUUCUUAACACCAUCACAUUUCUCUUUUCAUUCUCUGCUCUCGAUUUCUCUCUGCGUUCUAUUCUUGUCAGACCUAACACUCUGUCUGGGGUUAUGUGGGUGGCACUUAAGUCCCGUCCUCUCUUCUUACUUCCGCCAAGAGACUGCUACCGACGUGACUUGGACGGACGACUCCUCUCUCUCCGCCCACUCUAA